CUCACCUCAAUUUCAAUCUCCGAAAGAAGAAAGAAAGAAAGACAAGUUCAAGCUUUUGUUGCUGGUGGCUUUAAGCCUUUGACGCCAUCCUGCUUUGAAUUUCCCCUCAUUAGGUUUGAGUUUUUAGAUAUGGAUCGCAGCAGCACCUUCAGUAUCUGUUGCUACGUUUCCCCCAUAUUUGGUUUAGUCCUGUAAAUGCACCACCGCCACCAGAUCGCCGCUUCUUUUAAUGCCCGCCCCGAGAGCUUUCUUGAUUCUUCUUCUCCAUUCAGGCCCCUUCAGUCCUAACAAAUGACUGCCAUAACUGCUGGUUCUGCCAUUAGAGAUACCACUGCUCUUAUUAGAUUACCUCAAGAGAUGAAUGACCUCAGAAUCAGCGACGAUAAGGAAAUGGAAGCAACUGUCAUUAAUGGUAAUGGAACAGAGGCUGGACAUAUAAUUGUGACCACUGUUGGCGGUAAGAAUGGCCAGCCAAAGCAGACAAUCAGCUAUAUGGCUGAGCGUGCUGUUGGCCAAGGAUCCUUCGGAGUAGUUUUCCAGGCAAAAUGCUUAGAGACUGGUGAAACUGUUGCAAUAAAGAAGGUUCUUCAAGAUAAGAGAUACAAGAACCGGGAGUUACAAACUAUGCGUUUACUGGACCACCCUAAUGUCGUUUCCUUGAAGCACUGCUUCUUUUCAACCACCGAAAAGAAAGAGCUUUUCCUCAACUUAGUGCUGGAGUAUGUCCCUGAGACUGUUCAUCGCGUUAUAAAACAUUAUAGCAAGAUGAGCCAGAGGAUGCCGACAAUUUAUGUCAAGUUGUACACUUAUCAGAUUUUCAGAGCACUGGCCUACAUCCAUGGGGUUAUUGGAGUAUGCCAUAGGGAUAUUAAACCUCAAAAUCUUUUGGUUAAUCCACAUACUCACCAAGUCAAAUUAUGUGAUUUUGGAAGUGCAAAAGUGCUGGUAAAAGGUGAGCCCAAUAUUUCCUACAUUUGCUCUAGGUUCUAUCGGGCACCUGAACUAAUAUUUGGUGCGACUGAGUACACUACUGCAAUCGACAUUUGGUCCACUGGAUGUGUUUUGGCUGAAUUAUUGCUUGGACAGCCUCUCUUUCCUGGUGAAAGCGGAGUUGAUCAGCUUGUGGAAAUCAUAAAGGUUUUGGGAACCCCAACUAGGGAGGAAAUCAAAUGUAUGAAUCCCAACUACACAGAGUUUAAAUUUCCUCAAAUCAAGGCACACCCAUGGCACAAGAUAUUCCACAAGCGCAUGCCUCCUGAAGCUGUGGACCUUGUUUCAAGGCUAUUGCAGUAUUCUCCAAGUCUACGGAGCACAGCUUUGGAGGCAUUGAUCCAUCCCUUCUUUGACGAAUUACGGGAUCCCAAUACCCACCUACCAAAUGGGCGUUUUCUGCCUCCACUGUUUAACUUUAGACCUCAUGUCGCCCUGUUGAUUAAACCACUAAAACGAUUCAGUGAGCAUUGUUUGGAAAGAGGGAAGGAUGGCCUGGUCUGGUCUGUCAGUAUUGUCUAAGAAGAUGCGCACCCGCCUGAUGCUUCCUCUUUUUGAUGGACCUGAGGAGUGGCCAUGAAUUACAGCAGGCGCCAGUGGCUGGUAUUCUACAGAGCGAACCAGAUGUCACUCCAAGGGGGUCCGUCUAAUUGGCAGAAGGGGUGAGAAAUGGUGGAAUCUUACCCUGCAAGGCACACAAGGCAUGUAAACUUGCUUUUGCAAUUAAUUUUGAUUAGUGCCAAAGACUUUUUAUCUUUCAAUCCAUUGGUAGGAGAAAACUUGUUAUAAAUUAAUUCACCAAAUUUUAUCCACCCAGAAUGUUCAAAUCUAUAAUUCUCUAGUCUCUAAUGGUUCUGUCAUACAUUCAUGCUUAUCAUAAAAGGCAUGCAUUGGAUGCUCCAAGUUAGUAGGGAGUACCAACUGGAUUAAGGCAAUGAAGAAUU